AUGUCUGGAGCCCUGGAAGGAAUUUACGAGCCGGGCGUGGUCAAUCCUGGCCUGCCUCGUGACAACUCAACCACUCCAUACUGGCAUAUCAAUCCUCAUGCCUACGCCAACCACAACUCGCCCUGGCCUCAGGAGCCUGCCGACAUUGUCAUUAUUGGCACCGGAAUCACGGGCAUGGCUCUCUCGCGUACUAUAUGUGCUAAAAGACCCGACCUAAAGAUUGUUGUCCUAGAGGCGCGAAGCCUCUGCUCCGGUGCUACUGGACGUAAUGGCGGGCAUAUCAAAACCAUGCUUUUCUCGAUGUGGAACGAACGCAAGCAUCAGUUUGGUAUUGAGGAAGCCAUCAAGAUCUCUGAGUUUGAACAAAGCCAUCUUGCGGCCCUGUCCGCUGCAAUCAAAGGAGAUGGCGCCGACUGUGAUCUGGUUCAUACUACCGGUGUCGAGGCCUACUAUAAUCAAGACGUAUUCGAGAAGGAUCUUGCGGCGCUUGAGGAUAUCCGCGUCCAUGCCCCUCACCUGGCUGCCUUGCAUACAGUCUGCACGGAUAAGAAUGUAUUACAGCAUCAGAUGAAAUUGUCGAAGCGCUGUAUUGGAGCAAUCACGAUCCCUGCAGGCUCUGUCUGGCCGUAUAAAUGGAUCUCCAAGGUGUGGGAGACCUUGAUUGGAAAUAAAAGGGUCAACAUGCAGACCAACACCCCCGUUGAGGCUAUCGAGGACCGCGAUGGAGAUGAGUUUGCUAUUGUGAAGACGAAACGCGGCAAUAUCAAGGCCAGGAAGGUUGUACAUGCCACCAACGCCUGGAUGGGCUACCUUCUGCCUGAGAUGCAGCCCUUCCUUUCUCCAGUCCGUGUCAACGUCGUCCACUGGGCUGCCGAUCAGAAUGGCCAGUCCCCUCUUGGCACUGUCCCGGAGUACUCUAUUUGGUACCGCUACGGACGAAAAGAUUAUGAUUAUCUUAUCCAGCGUACUGAUGGAGGCGUUGUUACUGGACGUGCCUGCACUGGCCGUACUACGACUGGUGAUGACUCUACAACAGACCUAUCGCCGCACGCACAUCUGCGAGGCUUCCCCUUUGAGGCCAUUGCUAGCCCUAGGCCCGAUGCUGCCACGGCCAUCGAUCACGCUUGGUCUGGCAUUGUCAGCUUCACUCAGGAUGGCCUUCCAUUCAUUGGCCCUGUUCCCUUUGCCGGACGCAAUCACCAAUUUGUCUGCGGUGCUUACCAUGCCACCGGUAUGAUCAAGGCAUUCCGGUCCUCUCAAGCUGCUGCAUCCAUGCUCUUGGGUGAGGAGCUGCCCGAGGAUUUCCCCACGUCGCUGCUUUUGACGGAGGAUCGCGUCAAGGAGUUGCGGCGCUCGCUGGACCGUGGUAAUUACCCAUGCUACCGGGCUGUUGCCAAGAUUUAG